GUGUAAAAGAGAGAGGAAGUGUCUCAUUGUGAGGUUAGAGAGCCAAAAUCAGCCAUUGGUCCUGUAGCUAUACGGAAACACACACACACAGCUUACCUCGCAGUAAGAGGGCUAGCACAGGAAGGAAAUAAGGAGAGACGGAGGCAGAAAGAGAGAGACUGACAGAGAGAGAGAGACAGAGAGAGAGAGAGAGAGAAAGAGAGAGAGUGAUUGAGGGGAAACAAAAGAUAAGGGUCACUGGGGUUUUCCACUGUAGGAUUAGAAAAGACAUGAGAAGUAGGUAAAGCAGAGAGAGGAGAGGAAACAUAUGUAGUCACAGACAGAUGAGACUGUAGAACAAGAGUGGAGAUAGAUGAAUUUGAGAAGUGAAUGAGUGAACGCCAGAAAAGCAGAAAAGGCAAAGAGAGAUUGCACCUUGAGUGAUGCUCAUUGAGCUAAGUUAAAUUAAACACCUUUUAUUGCAAAGGUUAGGAACAGCUUAAGGGCAGGAGCGUACAGGAAGACAUUCACUGUAGUCUUAAAUUGAUAUAUUUUGCACACAGCUGGAGGAUUAUAAUCGAAUGGGCAACAAAUGACGAUGAAUUGCACAAAUGAGGCUAAGUACAAGAGCAAAGAUGGGAGAUGCUGUGAUCGCUGUGAUGCAGGAUCAUACAUGAAAGCUGAGUGUGAUGGCACGAAGCAGACUGAGUGUGCUAAAUGUGGACGCGAGCUCUACACAGCCACAAAGAAUCACUUGACGAAAUGUCAUGUCUGCAAGAGCUGCAGUUCCAGUAACAACCAGAGGAAAGUAAAUGACUGUGCAGCUGACAGGGACACAGUGUGUGAGUGUGUGACUGGUUUCUACUGUAGUGAUGAUCAGUGUGAACACUGCAGGCCAGUGCACCACUGCCCUAAAGGUGAAGGCGUCAAGGUUCGAGCCACUCGCACAAAUGACACAAUCUGCGCUCCAUGUGAAGACGGGACCUACAGCGACAUGAUAGAUUUCAACGAACCCUGUCAAAGAUAUACCAGAUGUGAGGACAUUGGAAGAGUGUUGCUACACAAGGGAACCAAAACAACAGAUGCAAUCUGUGGAGACUUCAAAUCUCAUUGUCACUGGAUGUUACCCACAGCCCUGUGGUCAGGACUCGUGCUGACGGCACUCGUCCUGUUUGGUCUCAUCUGCUGGAAGGAAAAACGCAAGUCAUACAGAGCAGCCAGCUCCGUUACUCCUGUUACCCUGAUUGAAAUGGUUCCAGCAGAACCUAGCAGUCUGGAUCUGGAUCUACCUUUACCGUCUACAGAGCUGAAAGUUUACGGCAAAGAGAGCUGCACCGUGGACGGCUCCUAUUUACCCCUUUUUCACCCAGAUGAUAAUGCAGUUAAUGGCUGCACACAGGACAGUGUGCACAGCAGCCAUCCCAUAACUCCACUGAAGGCUUCAGUUUCAUUUGUUGAAUCCAACCACGUCAAUGGAAGUGCUUCAUACGGCACUGGCAACUUCUUCAGGACCUACUCAGAGCCACAAGAGGACGAGUGGUGUGGGACAUAAUUAUGUUUUAACAGUGUACUUUUACAACAUUUACUCUGAGUCCCUCACCAGCUGCUACACCUGUUUUUUAUUUUUUUUUAAACUGGACUUAUUUAUACCAAAGAAAAAGAAGUUUGCUGCCCCCUGCAGGACUUUAAUGACAAUUUCAGCUCCAGUGAUGUGAUAUUUUAUCUGUGUUGCAUUUAGAGGCUGCUCUCUGAUGUGAAUUAGUGUUAAUAGGAGCUUCACAAGUGAAGGCAGCGCUGUCUGCGGUGUCUCUAUUUAAGAAUAAGUCUGUUCCUAUUCUGGAUUUUUCUUAUUUUAGACAAAUCUCCUGAACAGACCAAAACCAACAAUAAACCGUAAAAUGAAGUAUAGCUUAUUCCUCUCUAUUGUCCAAAACACAUCAAUGAGCCACAUAUGUUCCUAUAUUACCAUGAACAUGGGCACCCUGCUGUUGUAAAAAUGUAUUAAUCCACAGCAGAAAAUAGUUCCCAUGUAAUUCUUUAAGAAACUAAAGAUUUCUGUCCUGCCUAUAGAGCUUAAUAAGAACAAAUGGGUCACAGUCAGACUUUGAGAGAUGGACCUAGCCAUUAUUGGUCUUUUAAUGAAAUCUGUUUAUAAUAAGAAAAAUAUUUAUCCUUUAAUGUAAACUGUGUGUUUGUAAUUAUAUUUUAAAGGAUAUCUAAUUUAAUUUAUAGUGUUCCAGUCGUUAUACAUGAAAACUCUUCUUUUAAAGUGACGUAGACUUGAAUUUCAGUAUUUAUAAAACUAUUGUAUAUAAAACCAGCGAUACCACACAUAUUGACGUUUCAAACUUGGAGAACGAUGUAUUAAAAGAUGCAGCAGUGAACCCUGA